CACCGGAAACGAGCAAGUCGUGCAGGAAGCAGAGUUUGACUUCUGGGACUUUGUCAACUGCUCCGUAUGUCAACUCCCGUUUACAUCAAACGAUCGCGGACCACCCGUUCCAUUUUGGAUCACAGAAUGUGGCCAUGUUCUUUGCAACAAUCAUCUCAGUAAGAUGCUUUCCUCCCUGCCCUCGAAUUUGGUGCAUUGGAAACUCGUAUUAACUUUCUAAUUUACACAAUGAGAGCCAGAUCAGAGCUGUGUGCGAUGUAACGCCCAAAACAUCCAGCUGGUUCCCCUACAUCGAGAUCUGGAGCCCCCGAUGUCAGAUUGGUUUAGACCUCUCCCUUAUUCACUAGAUUCGAUAGCAAGUGCUGUGAAAUUUCAACAAGACACAUUCGCUGGUCUCAUUCGAUACUAUCGGCAAGCUUGUUCCCAGCUAAGCCAGACGUGCGAACGUAUUCGAGCAGAGAGAAAGGCUCUUCGAAAAGAGGUAGACAGUUUGCGGCGAGAGGUGGCGCACCUACGCCAGUGCGCUUCUGGCUUCGACCCCGCUCAUGCACAGGAACCUUCAUCUUUCUCCAACGCGAAUGGAAAGCGUCCGAUGACUGAUGUUCACGAUUUCAAGGCAAGCUCCAGUCCUAGGUCUAUCGUGACCCCAAUCGGACCUCGAAUCACACUGCCGCUCGGGGAGCAACCAAGUUUCACCCGUCAAGAUCAUGGUCGAAUUCCCAGCCAGAGCCGUCAACCGGAACGACCUGGCACGAGUCGUUUUGUGGAACAAUAUGCAUACAGUGGUGAACAGGGAUCACGCAUGCAAGCUCCUCAGCUUUCUCACGAACAAUCGGCACCUAUCCGGCGCCUGCGAUUGGCGUCCGAGGAACAAGGACAUGAUUCUAUGCCACCUCCGCCCCCCGCCAGUACCCGGGCCUCGAGAACCACAAUGACCCCGAACCCCCAGACGGCUGGACCGCAAAUGACACAACAUCAGCCUCAGCAACGCUCAUUCGCAGUCCCGCAGACCCCUCACCGCGCUAGCGGCACACACUUCACUGGCCAGACAUCCGACCAAAUGCGCUCACUCCAGUCCAACCGUUUCAUACCGCCAUCUUCACACGGACAUUCGAACUCUGGCGCAGGUGCAGUAACAUCCUCGAACGUCCCGGGGACCUCGUCUGGAAGACAUAGAACGCCAUUCGUUUCAGGGAGUACUAGCGGAUUCGGGUGACCUUGACUUUGUUGUACAAUCCUCCCGAUCGAAUAUGCAAUGAACCUUCCACUUGCAA